CCUUUUUAAGUCAUUCGAGCUGACUUAAAAUGUGUACUUCUGAUGGCGUAAAAAAUUACAAAGUAGAUAAUCGUAUUGCCACCGCGUAUGUUGAUCAAUUUGACGUUUUCGACUUGCAUAAUUUAACGCGAUCCAUUAAUAAACGAGUUUGAAUUAAAUAUUUGCCGGCGACGUGCGAGUACUUUUCACGGUGUUGAUUUUUCAAACGUUAUUUUAAAAUGAUUUUAGUUUAAUUCAAGGUUAUAAAGUUUAACAUUACGUUUACCCACCUAGGUACUGUCUGUGGUAAAGCAACUCAAACUACGCAAGUUGAAAUGAAUUGGCUGGCUGCGGUUUAAGAAAAUGAUGUGAAAAAAAUGGAAGAAAAUUACGAAGAACUUGAAGAGAUCAAACAAUUCAUUAAAGGAGAAGAAGCAGCUGUCGAGUUGUUCAAAAAAAUAAACGAAUGUAGACGUUUAAAUAUAACCCAACAUCUUCGUUUCAAUGCUACAGAAUUAUAUUGCCCUUUAGUAUUCGAUGGCUGGUUGUGCUGGAAUGCCACUCCUGCUGGCACCAGAGUCUAUAACCCGUGUCCUGGUUUUAUUACCGGAUUCGAUCCUCAAAAAACUGCUUUCAAAGAUUGUGAUGUCAAUGGUACCUGGUUCCUACAUCCAGAUACUGGUAAACCGUGGUCUAAUUACAGUACGUGUAUAGAUUUUGCCGAUUUAGAAUGGAGAAAAACCAUCAAUUGGGUGUAUAUGUCUGGAUAUUCAUUAUCGUUAGUUGCAUUGCUCCUGUCUAUCUUCAUUUUAGCGUAUUUCAGAGCGCUCCAUUGUACUAGGAAUAUUUUACAUAUUAAUUUAUUUGCAUCGUUUUCGAUCAACAAUUUGCUGUGGUUAAUUUGGUAUUUAUCCGUUGUUCCUUUUCCUGAUGUUAUUACAGAUAAUGGAGUAUGGUGCCAAUCUUUAUUCAUUGUGACUCACUACUUUAUGUUGACCAAUUACUUUUGGAUGCUUUGCGAAGGCUUUUACCUUCACUCUUUGCUAGCUUUUGCAUUUAUAAUGGAAGAACAAUUAUUGAAAUACGUUUACGUAAUCGGAUGGGCUGUUCCAUUCAUUGUGAUCGCUAGCUAUGCAACAUUGAGGAUAUUCAAUGGUGAUAAUAGAGACUGUUGGAUCCACGAAAGCUCGUACUCGCACACACUUAUAAUUCCAGUGGUCAUAUCAUUAUGCAUAAAUUUAGUCUUCCUCGUCAGCAUACUGAGAGUUUUGUUACUCAAGAUAAAAACCAAUACGAGUCAAGGACAGAAUAGAAAUGAACUAAUAAAAGUAUUUAGAGCGGCGUUUGUUCUUGUACCGUUAUUAGGGUUGCAUUACAUGAUAAUACUUUUCCGUCCGGAGAAUGAUCCAUUUUGGGAACGAAGCCAUGAAAUAUUAUCGGCAGUUAGUGCUUCGUAUCAAGGAUUGUGCGUAGCUUGUUUGUUCUGCUUUCUGAAUAAUGAGGUUCACGUACAAAUCAAACGAAAAUGGUAUCAGUUUCGUGACAUACCAAGUAAUCAAGUCUUUUCAACAGUAACAGGCUCGACGUACGCUCUAGAAAGACGAGCAACUCGAUCGUCACAAACUGCAAUGAUACCACAAACGAACGAGGUAUCGCCUAUGUUAGGGGAAGAAAAAACAUCACCUUUCAAGAGUGAUGAAAGAAAUAAUCACAUCAGGUUGAUUGAUCCAUCGGUGAAUGGCAUAAAAAAUGUAGUCAUUCGCAAUAAAAAAUCAGUUUCGUUGGUAACUGACCAAAAUUAUAAGAACAAGAAUUUUUCCAACGAGGAUCUCACGAUGCUACCGAUGAAAAAACCUCUAAUUGGUAGUAAUGAGAAGUUGUAUCGAGAAAGUGAUUCUCAAAUCGCCGAAGAUUACGUGUGAUAAAAUCACCGGUGUAAAUUUUGUAAAAAAAAUUGUAUGUAAAAUGCUGUUCAAUUAUUUCAAAUUAAAAAAUAAAAUAAAAAAAAAACAAACCAAAACGCAUGUUCGAAUGUUUUUACUCGCAAUAAUUUGUAUACUGAUGUUUUGUUUAAUCCUAAUGUUCUUAUAUUUCUUUGUAUUAAUUACGUGUUGUUGAUUGUGUUUUUAUUUACAAAGUAUUCCUCGGUGGUCAUUUUUUUUUUUUUUGAAAUACAUAAUUAUCGCUGUUAUUUGUUGACUGACCUGACAAAACGAUUAAAAAGUGUAAUUUAUA